ACGAGCGUGACGAAUAUUUUGGUAUGCCGUCCGAAGAGAACGAAGCCGAGUUUGUCCGAGUUUCUGGAACUCGACGAGAACGAGUUCGAGAGCCAGAGACCCUACAUCACCGGCCACAAUAGGUAAAUGCCAACACACUGUAUCAUCACACCGUGACCUGCCUGCCUAUUUACCCCAAAGAGAUGGACAUCGAUUCCGAGGGCGAGAAUGACCCAAAGUGGUUGCAGACAAAGACGAUGAUGAUGAUCGACGAUUUCACGGACGUCAACGAGGGCGAGAAAGAAUUGAUGAAGAUGUGGAACCUGCACAUAAUGAAGUACGGAUACGUGGGAGACUGCCAGACACCACUAGCUUGCCAAAUGUUCUUAGAGACUAAGGGAAAGGAGUUGCUCAUGAAGAAUCUAUAUCGCAACUUCGUGCUGCACAUGUGCAGCCUGUUCGACUUCGGUCUGAUCAGUCCGGUGAUACUGUAUCAGACUAUACAGAAGCUGCAGGAGAUCAUGAAGGAGGAUGGCGAGGACGGGGACGUGCGUAAAGUACUGCAGAAGUCGCACGAGGCCCAGGUCGAGCAGUGGAGGGCCACGGGCGCUCAGGCGCAUUUGACGCAGCACGAUGUGUUCAAGGCCGGUACGACGGGCAGCGUCAAGAUCAAUUUCGGCAACGAUGGCUCCUCGAGCUCGACGAAUGCCAGGCGGAAGACGACGACUGCCUCUUUGCCGCUGGGCUCGCCCAGCUCGCAAAACGCCAAGAGCAUAAUGCACAGCAACGUCAGCGCGUAAGCACACCAGCCCGGCGACGUGCGUCGUCGUCCUCGUCGAGCAACAAGACUGUUACUCACAAUAGUUCGAUGAAGAGUCGCUGCCGAGCGAGACGAUCCCGCCGAUCGAUUGUCCAAUCGAUGUACCUUAAUCGGAGCGAGAGUUCAUCGUUGUCGAACGAAUGGUCGAACGAUCUGCCGGCCAGGUGCUAAAGUACAAACUUUAUAGUGCAAGUGACGACGAACGGUGCGACUGGUACAUCCGCUGAUUCAGCCGGUCGAGGUUGUCG